UGAAUAUGAAGAGUUCUCUAACGUGCUUUGACUUUUUCUGCUUUUAAAAGGACGUUUCUAUGCAAAGCCGAGGUACCUAAUACAAGAAAGCAGCCAAACGAUGUCUAACGAUGCGAUCCGAAUGCAACCGAUCGAUCUGAGGCGCGUUACAAGCUAAGUGAUGCGGAGUUUGGAGUUCUUCGAUCUUUUACCGGAAGAUCCUAAACUUUACGAUAAAAUGCGACCACCUAAGAAAGAUGGACAAGCAACCGUCGUUUAUUUCCACGUUACUGUCAUGGGACUUGAUUCAAUAGAUGAGAAUUCAAUGACCUAUGCUGCUGAUAUAUUCUUCGCUCAAACUUGGAAAGACAACAGGUUGCGAUUGCCAGAAAACAUGACAUCUGAAUAUAGAUUGUUAGAAGUAGACUGGUUGAAGAACAUGUGGCGACCGGAUUCCUUCUUCAAGAAUGCGAAAUCAGUGACUUUUCAAACGAUGACUAUACCGAACCACUAUUUAUGGCUGUACAAAGACAAGACUAUUCUUUAUAUGGUGAAAUUGACACUGAAACUUUCUUGUGCCAUGAAUUUCUUGAUUUAUCCUCACGACACGCAAGAAUGUAAACUACAAAUGGAAAGCCUGUCGCACACGACGGAUGAAAUGAUCUUCCAGUGGGAUCCUGAUGUGCCACUCGUCGUCGAUGAGAACAUCGAGCUGCCGCAGUUGCAACUGGUUAAAAAUUAUACGGCCGAUUGCACGCAGGUCUACUCGACCGGUAAUUUCACUUGCCUUGAGGUAAUCUUCGUCUUAAAACGUAGGCUCGGCUACUACUUGUUUCACACUUAUAUUCCUACUUGCUUGAUCGUCAUUAUGUCGUGGGUUUCUUUUUGGAUAAAACCGGAAGCAGCGCCAGCCAGAGUAACGCUGGGUGUAACAUCUCUGCUCACUCUAUCGACGCAACACGCAAAGAGUCAAGCAUCUUUACCUCCUGUAUCAUAUUUAAAGGCCGUCGAUGCAUUCAUGUCUGUUUGUACGGUCUUCGUGUUCAUGGCGUUAAUGGAAUAUUGUCUGGUAAAUAUCGUUCUUGGCGAUUCGGACGCACCAGCGGCAAAGCCUGCGCCUCCUCCUCAGCCGCCAUCUUCCAGUGGUACAGAUUCCACGAAGCUGGAUAAAAUUUUCGACAUCGCCACUAAGGAGAACGCAAUGUUGUUAUCCGGUCGAUCGCAGAAAUCAUCAGCUGGACCACCGCCAGGCCCUACACCUGCCCAAAGGGCGCGAAUGCGUGCUCUGAACAUCGAUCGAGUCUCACGGGUCUUCUUCCCCUUCCUAUUCGCUGUAUUGAACGUCACCUACUGGAUUAUGUUUGCCGAAUAUAUUUAAAUGCUCGCGAGAAAUGCAAUAGCGACUUUCUCGAUGAGCUCGGUUCAAAGGAGUUGGCGUUACCAGAAGAGGACAAAGGAACGAUACGACUAGAUAUUACUGAAAGAAGACAAACUUUGCUACUCUGAUCAUAGAACGUUUUUUUAAGGAUAUCGCGUAAGGGUAUAAAUGGAAAGAAUAUAUUGAUCGUGGAGGUGUGUUUUAAGAUUUUGAUUAACAACGUUUACGUUGAUGUGAUUGAUCCAGGCUGUUGAUAUACAAAGUUUAAAAAAUGUUAAGGGUAGAGGGCUUGAAUAAGGGUUAAGUAGAGUGGAUGAAGAAUAUUGAUGCAAUCACAAAGGAAAUGAUUAUUGUUUUGAAGUAAAAUCCUAAUUGAUCAGCAUCUUUGAAAUGCAAGGUUCUGACGUUUGAAUAAGGAAGAAAAUAAAUACGUGCAAUUUGAUUGGGCAAUAAUUCAAAAUAUUUGUUACUAAUAAGCAAGGGAAGAGAUAUUGCUCAAAAACAUUGAUGAAAAUAUUCAAGGAUUAAUUCAUGAUAA